AUGUGGAAACUUUUACUUAUAAAUAUUAAUGAAAAAAAACUUUUAAUUAAAGAUGACAAUAUAACAACAAAAGUUCAAAUCUUUGCUGAAGAAGCAAGACUUAUUUUGUUGGAUAUUUAUGCUAUUCAUCAUUAUACAAAUUAUUUUCUUGUUUGGAAUCAGAAUAAAUAUAUGAAACAAAAAGAGGGGGAAAGUAAGGAAAAUAAUGAAGAUAAUGAUGAUGAGGAUAUGGAGGAGCAAAAAGAAGAAGAAAAAAAACAAAAAGAUGAAGAAAUUAAAAUUGAGAAACAAAAAAAUGAGAAGAAAGCACUCAAACAAUAUUAUGAAAAUUUAAUAGAUAAAUUGUUGUUUAAAGCAUUUACUGAUAAAAGCCCUGGAGCUAUAGAUGAAUUUAAAAGAAGAAUUUACGAAGUUUCUAAUUCUAGUUCAAACGCUGAUUCGCUCCCGCCGCCGAAUACUUAUAGACUAAACAAAAACGGUUCUUCGGAUUCAAGUUCUUUAUUAACAACAAAUAUGCCCUUUUAUGUUGAUGUAUUUUUGGGAAAAGAAUUAGAAUCGAGAGAUACUUUGAUAAAAAACAUUUUAAAUAAAAGUUUCAUUUCAAAAUUAAGUAAAAAGUUUAGUUGGAAAGGAAAAAUUGGAAAUGAGAAAAUUUUACAAAUUGAAAAAAUUGGGAGUUUUUACUCGAUAAAACAUGAAAUAGUUGAUGAAAAAAUAAAUAUAAAAUCAGUUGAAGAAUUAUUUAAAUAUAACGAUUGGCUAUUAUCUGGAGGAACAUGGCCAUCCAAAAUGACAAAUUUGGCAAUAUCAAUUGACAAAAAAUGUGAAAAUAUUGGAGAAAUUAAAGGAAGUGGAGAAAAUGCUUUGUGUGUUAUUGUUAGACUUUUUGCCUUUUGUUUGGCUAUUGAUAACCAAUUUAGAAGUAAUGAAGGGAAAUUAUUGAAAUAUUUUAGAAAUAUGGAUGUUUUGUAUGUUGAAUGGAUUAGAGAAUCGACAAAUUCAAUUUUAAAUUAUUUUAAUUUAAAAGAAACUGAAAAAGUAAUUGAAACUUUAAUUGAAGAAUAUAAUCAAUUUUUUGAAAUUGUUGAAAAGAAUCCCUAUAUAAAUCCAACUCCUGGUCUUUUAAACAAAGAAAAUCAAAAGAAAAUACAAAACAAAGAGGAAGAGAUUGAAAAUUUUGAAAAGAAUAAUUUAAAUAAAUAUUCAAAUGCCAAAUCAGAAAACGAGGCUAACGAAAAAGAAGAAAACACCAAAACAAAAGAAGGUAAUGAAGUUAACAUUUUUAAUGAGAAUGGAGAGAUUAAUUGGGGAAAUGAAGAUUUUUUGAUGAAUUUAGAUUAUUAA